GUGCCCUGAUCUUCACCUCCAUGGAUAUAAUGAAGAGGCAUGUGAAGAGAAUGCAUGUUUUGCAGCAGUAUGUGUGUGAAUAUUCUGGCUGUGGUAAAAGUUUCAAGAAGCAUCAACAUCUUACAGUCCACAGUUAUGAACACACUGGCGUCAAGCCUUAUAAGUGCCCUUUUGAAGGCUGUGGACUAAGCUUUAUUCUGCCAAGCAAGUUAAAACAACACGAAAAAGUACAUGAAGGCUACAAGUGCAGUCAUGCAGGUUGUGAUGCCCUCUUUGCAAAAUGGUCACAACUGCGAAAACACCUUUCAAAGGAUCAUGUUAAAGUUCACACUUGCUCUACCUGUAAGAAAACAUUCACCAGGAAAGAGUGGCUGAGAAAACAUGAAGCAGUUCACAGUGGAGAGAGGGACCUCUUCGCCUGCCCCUACGAUAACUGCCCCAGGUCCUACUUAGACAUGAGGAACCUGACGCACCACUUGAAGUCGUACCAUGAUGGGAAGAGGUUUCCCUGUACACAAACUGGGUGUAGCAGGACAUUUGCAACAAAACAAAAGCUAUGCCAGCAUCAGAAAUUGCAUGACAGUAACAGGCAGUUUAAAAAGAAAAAGGUGAAGACAGAUGUGAAAAGAAAAAGCAUGGCUUCAAAGCUGUCUGGUAUAAGUGACAAAGAUGCUGAAGAAAUUGGUGCUAAUUUAUGUGAUGCUGGUGAAAGAAUUCCAGAGGACAGAACUGCUGAAAUGUGCAAUACAGAGUCUGGCUCUUGUAGUGGUAAUUUUACCGUUGUCACAGACUAUACCACACAGGUCAAGGGUACCACUGACCAUACCGCCAAGCUCAAGGGUACCAGGGACUGUACCGCCAAGUUCAUGGUCACCACAGACUGUUCUGCCCAGGUCAUUGGCACCACUGACAGUAAUGCACGAAUGACAGGUACCACGAACUGUAUUGCCCAGAACAUGGGUACCAAAGACUGUACUACCCAAGUCACUGGGUCUGAAAAUGUUGUGACAGAUAACUUUAACCAAAUUGAUGGGAAUAGAAGUAGUUUUGAAACUGUUCCCUCCAGUGAAAAAGAUAAUAGUAUGGACAUGCUACUGAAGAAUAAAGGGGACCUAAGGAAUAAAAAUGUUGGCCAAUCAACAAGCAAUACUGAACUUCUGAAUGGUUACUGUAGUAACACAGAAAAUAAUAUAAAUAAAGUGAGAUAAACACCGAACAAACUAAUGGAUUAACAAAAGAUUCCAGUCAGUGAGUUGUGAGGAACUUGCAUCUGAGGAAUGGUUUUGUCCUACAGAGUGUUGUUAAUCAAAGCACUGAAUGUUAGAAUAAUAUCAGUUAGAGCUGGCAGACUGGCAGUAAGGUUAGGAUCACGUUUGCUUUUAUGUUCACAUAAAAUACCAACAAUGUCUUCUUUCGCCAGUUUUGUCUUCUUGUCAUUGUUGCAUCUUCCAUUAUUUUGAUCUGACUGGGAGUUUUAAAUCUGAUAAAUAUAUGCUCAAAAUGGUACAUAGGGAAAUAUUGAAAUGUGCCUAAAUUUGGAAAUGGGAAUAUGUCUGUGUGAA